AAGAAAAAUCCAGAAAUCACAAUGUAUGAUUUUUUUUAACAAUUUACUUGUGUGAUACAGCUGCAAAUAAGUAUUUGAACACCUGUCUAUCAGCUAGAAUUCUGACCCUCAAAGACCUGUUAGUCCACCUUUAAAGGUCCACCUCCAUUCCAUGUACUUUCCUGAAUCAGAGGUUGUUAGCUCCAUUAUAUCACUCUCUCUGUGUCUGAACUAAAGAAUAAAGUCUGGAUUACAUGAAGUCUUGUAUUGCAAUUAUAAUCGGUUUAGAAGCCCAAACGGAAUGAAAAUGCUCCAUAAAAACACCGCAAUUGAACUAAACGUGCUGAAUGUGAAUAGAAUUUCAUGCUACGGUUGUAAAGAAUUAAACAGGUUGUGGAUCAUGACUUCAUGCUUAAAUUCAUUGUCUCCUUGUGGUGUGUACGUCUAGGCCGCCAGGGGAGCAGUAUGACGAAUGCAAAUAACGGACAAGCCGAAAGAAACUUACUUACUUACUAUACACAAAGACGAUCGCAGCUAGUGAAUAACCUCCAGCAACAUUAGUUGUGUUCUGUAUGCCUAGGAUUAUUGUUAUAGUGACUGUCUACAUGUGCUGCCACACUAUUUGUGUCCGACUCCGCUUUGCUGGAAGGCUUGUAUCACCACGGCAUUGAUGCUCGUUUAUGACUUGUGCUUCGUGUAAACUAACCGACUUCGGUAUGACAAAGUUACGUGGGAUGGUCACAUACAAAAGGUGCAAAAGUCUUUGUUUUAUGUUUCGUUUUACAGUAAAACACCUUUUUUCGUUUCCAAACAGCUGCUUGUCGUAAAGUUGGGCUGCCACCUCCACCGGAGGUACCGCUGGAUGUGCUUUGACCUCAUAAAAGUUGGGGAACCACUCGAGCAGGGAGCCGCAACCUCUUCGUUUCUUGCGGCUUACUCACUGCGCUACACCUUUCGAGCGUGCGGCACUCCCUUAUUUGCAUGCCUCGCCUCGAUUGGAUGCCCUCCAGCAGGCUUCCGUGCGUCGAUUGGCUGCCAGCGUGGGGAGGGCACGCUCGCUCUCUCUCAAAACAGCCAUAAAAGGCGAGAGGCUACAGCGCGGAGAUGCGACUAAAGAAGAGAAGUUGACUUACAGCGGCUGAGUACAGAGAGCCUCCGUCCGUCCAUCUUGGUCCAAUCCGGUAGAGUCCAGUCUCGUCCAGGCAGGCGUUCGGCAUGUCACUGAUGGUGAAGGAGAAGACUCAGGUGCGUCUGGUCUUCCUGGGGGCGGCCGGGGUGGGCAAGACCGCCUUGAUACGCCGCUUCCUGCAGGACACGUUCGAGGUCAAACACCGGCGCACGGUGGAGGAGCUCCACAGACGGGAGUACGACGUCGGCGGGGGCGCCAAGAUCACCGUGGAGAUCCUGGACACCAGCGGCAGCUACUCCUUCCCGGCCAUGCGCAAACUCUCCAUCCAGAACAGCGACGCCUUCGCGCUGGUCUACGCCGUGGACGACCCCGAGUCGCUGGAGGCGGUCAAGAGCCUGCGGGACGAGAUCCUGGAGAUCAAGGAGGACAAGUACACGCCCAUCGUGGUGGUGGGCAACAAGACGGACCGCGCGGGCGAGAGGCGGGUGUCCGCCGACGACGUGCUGUCCACCGUGGAGAUGGACUGGAACAACAGCUACCUGGAGGCCUCGGCCAAAGACAACGCCAACGUGGUGGAGGUGUUCAAGGAGCUCCUGCAGCAGACCAACCUGCCCAGCCGUCUCAGCCCGGCCCUGCGCCGACGCAGGGAGACCUUCCCCAAACACGCCGGCUUCAGGCCCCCCAUGAACAAAACCAACAGCUGCGUCGUGUCCUAACGGCAGGGACAGAAAAAACAAAAAUAAAGGGGACACGAUCAAAAGCGGGCGCCGAGCGAGGCCCGCCCGACUCCAGAAUUCUUCAGCCUCAACAGAAGGACACCACAGAAGUGAAUCAUUACGAUGAGAGAGAAUUCAAACCAUUCAGUCCUUCGAUGUAGUGAUUUUGGGUGCCUCGUUGGUGCUGUUCGGAUUAAUGUAACACUUCAAGACGUACAGUAAAAGCAGUCUUAACUGUUGUACUUGCUAUGUAUAAAUGUACCAACUUAGUAACAUUUGACGACAGACCAUCUUUUUGGAAUUGUGCAUGAGAGCUGUGAUUUUUUUUUUCAGUAACAUGUUUAAAAAAAAAAAAAAAAAAAAUCACAUCAAAAAUGUAAAUAGUCUCUGUUAGACAAUAUUUGCUUUUGUAUAGUUUUAUUUUGUAAUCUUAUCAAACCGUAUUGUUGUGCUGUUCUAUUUAUUGAAGCAAAUGUCUUGUGGGUUUAAAUGUGCAUCAUAAAAAGAAAAAUGAAGAUAAAACCUGGUCUCUUGAGUCUGUUAUCGUUCAAUGAGAAGUAUCGGGUUUUGAUGGAAAACAACAAAAAUGUUUUAUUUUCGCAUUUCGGAUUUUCUUUAAAUGAUAUUUUUAGAAAUAUGCACUUAUUUUAUUUUUUCAUAGUCCCAAAACAAAUUGUAUAUUUUGUUUGUUUCAGCUACAAUUUUAAAUCACAAUUGGUGUAGAU